AGUCUUCUUGGUAAGAUAACACAGCGCACAUCCUGUCAUCGCUAAACUCUGGCACCUAUACCGUCUACUUUACCAUGGAGUAUCUACCAAUCGCUUUGUCCAUAGUGACAGUAGUACUCGUCGUUAUUUACUACUUUACCACGAGAAAUCAUAAUUUAUUCAAGAAGCAUGGAAUUCUGCAUAUUCCACCGACGCCACUGUUUGGAAAUAUGGGUCCCUUGCUUAGACGACAGUGCACCAUGCACGAUUUAAUUCUCAAAAUUUAUCAAUUACAUCCUGAAGCGAAAUAUGUUGGCUUUUACGAAUUUCUGACGCCUGUUCUAAUGCUCCGCGAUCCGGAACUGAUUAAAGCUGUCACCAUCAAGAACAUUGAACACUUUCCAGACCAUCGACCGUUCGCGUACAAGGAAGUGGACCCUUUGCUAGGGGGAAUGUUAUUUUGUCUGACAGGUGACCAGUGGAAGGAGCAUAGAAAUAUGUUGUCUCCCAUGUUUACUUCUAGCAAGAUAAAAGGUAUGUACAAACUGAUGUCCGAUUGCGCGGUCAAGUUCGUGGACCAUUUAACGAAAGUGCCGGAGAACGAGCGCGAAAUGGAGAUGAAGAGCCUUCUAAGUAAAUAUACAAACGACGUGAUCGCUACCUGCGUGUACGGUGUCUCCGUGGAUACGAUAAAGGAACCGAAUAACGUGUUUUACGUGUACGGUAAAAUAGGUACAACCUUAGUAACUUUCAAAAAAUCUCUAACAAUGUUGAUGCACAAAAACGCCCCAUGGUUGGCGAAACUCUUGCAAUUUAAAUACGUGGAAAGCUACGUCGAGAAAUUUUUCUCCAAUAUCGUGACAGACACGGUUGAAGCUAGAGAAAAGAGUGGCGCUUAUAGAUCGGACGUCAUACAGCUAUUGCUAGAGACUAACAAGAAGAAGGAACCAGGAAAAGGUAUGAGCGUGGAAAGUAUGGCCUCUCACGCUUUCAGCUUCUUCUUCGGCGGAUUUGAGGCCGUUUCCACGCAGAUCAGCUUAGCGACGCACCUGUUGGCCGAGAAUCCAAAUGUUCAAAAAAGAUUACAACAAGAAAUCGACGAAGCAUUGGAAAACAACAACGGGCAAUUAACCUACGCUAUUCUAACCGAGAUGAAGUAUCUAGAUGCCGUGAUGAAUGAAUCAUUGCGACUGCAUCCGGUAGCUAUAUUCCUUGACAGGCUAUGUGCUAAAGAUUUCGAACUGCCACCUGCGUUACCCGGUGACAAACCUUUCACGAUCAAGAAAGGAAUGAACGUUUGGAUUCCUGUGAAAGCGAUUCAUCACGAUCCACAAUACUACGAAAAUUCCUUGAAAUUCGAUCCAAACAGAUUUUUUAAAAGUGGUAAGAUUAUAAACUCGGACACGUAUAUGCCAUUUGGCUUUGGGCCCAGAAUGUGCAUCGGAAACCGGUUUGCACUCACAAAGAUGAAGGUAUUGCUAUGUCACCUUCUUGCCAAGUGCAAUGUCAAGAUCGGACCGAAAACGACAACUCCGUUAGAAUUCGAGAAAGGUGUGAUAAACGCAAGUCCGAAAAAUGGAUUCUGGUUGAUCAUUGAGCCAAGGAAAAGUUCUUAUCGCUUUGCCCAGAUCAACGGAGAUGCCAAUUGAAUUUGUACGAAUGGAAUAUGAAGUAAAAUAGCCUUUAAUUUCCUUGUGUAGAAAAGUUUAAACCUUUAAAAUGAUACGUCUAUCAUACGUUCGCAUCAUUAAACGAUUAGUAUCAUGUAAUGUACAGCUUGUGAAAUAUAGAAACGCAAGAACGCAUUAAAUUACUCUUGUUACACGUAA